AUGAGGGCCUACCAGCUAAACGAACUCGCCAAAGGUCCCGAUGACCUGAGGAUCGUCGAGCUCCCUGACCUCGGCCCUUCCCCCGACAAAUAUCUGAUCAAGAUCCACGCUGCCGCCAUCAACUUUUUCGAUAUUCUGCAGAUCCAGGGCAAACAUCAGGUGAAACCGCCCUUUCCCUGGAUCGCGGGUAGCGAGUUUGCGGGCGAGAUCAUCGCGGUUCCCACUUCGCCACAUGCCCAAGAUGCAAAGUUCAAAAAGGGUGACCGCGUCUUUGGCGCGGGAUCAGGGGCUUUCGCGACCAUGAUCCAGUCUCCCGCUGCCGCCUUGAGGCGGACGCCGAACGGAUGGAGCCACAUCGAGGCAAGCAGCCUGUUUUACACGGCUCCGACGGCGUAUGCAGCGCUUAUCCUACGAGCACAGGCAAAGCCAGGUGACUAUGUACUGGUUCACGGUGCUGGCGGGGGUGUUGGUCUCGCAGCUGUUACUAUCGCCAAUGCCCUCGGCAUGAAAGUCAUUGCGUCGGCUGACACAGAAAAGAAGCGCGAGAUUGCCACCCGGUUUGGUGCCUCUUACGUGAUCGAUUCCAAAGGCGAUUGGCCUACCGCCGCAAGAAACCUCACGCCUAACAAACGAGGCGUUGAUGUCGUGCUCGAUCCUCUUGGGGUCAUUUCUGAUUCGCUCAAAUGCAUCCGGUGGGAUGGGCGACUGUGCAUUAUCGGAUUUGCCGCUGGACAGAUUGAGAAAAUCCCGACCAACAGACUGCUCCUCAAGAACGUCAGCCUGUCUGGGUUGUUUUGGGGUGAGUAUGCCAACCAGGACCCUCAGAGCGUGGUGGAGGUGUGGGAUAAGCUUUUGGAUCUCAUCAACAAGGGCGGUAUUGUACCCCUGAACUACACGGAGAAGCAGUUCCAGGGUCUCGAGCGGGUUCCAGAUGCUAUGAAGUUGUUGAGCACGGGGACGGCCUGGGGGAAAAUUGUGGUUGGGAUAAGCGACGAGGCGAAGGCGAAGCUCUAG